AUGAAACAGUUAUCUUCUGGAAAUGAUACAGUUCGUCAUUAUGGAAUUUCCAGUGAUAUAGAAAAAAAUUUAGAAAUAAAUGAAGUUUUGUUUAUCCAAUCAGAUGAUUCCAGUCAUGCUUUACAAUCAUUACAGAUUAUUACAGGAUCCACUCAAACUAUGAAUGAUAUACGUGUGGAUAGAAUAAAUCAUUAUCAUUGUUCAAAUGGCAUUGAUAUAACUUCAAAAGAAGUUCAUCGACAUCAUUUUUCUUUCCCACUUUCGAUUGAUUCCAAUGAUCCAUGUAAUAUCAUAGAAGAUUCUAUGGACAAUUUGACAAAUAAACUAUUGAAUUUAUCUAGAUUUCAGCUUGAUGAAACGUUUCAAGAUACGGUCAUCAAUCCAGUUAAAAAUCCUGAAAUACUUUUGCAAAAUUCUGAUAUAAAGAGGCUAAAUUAUCUAAUUGCUAAAUACACAGAAACAACCAAAUCGCCUGAUUUUUUGGCAUUAGCAACAGUUUACUUUCUUUCAGUAAUGAUGGUCUCUAAAUAUCGUGAUGUUCUUGAUCCGAAUCCAAUCUGGGUACCAUAUGCUAAUGCUGAUCAUGUACAUUCUCAUACUGAAUUACCUCAAACAAAUAAAUUUAAACAAGAACCUCAAGUCCAAAUGAAUACCAUCACUACUCAGAAUAAUGAGACAAUAGCAACUAAAAAUAAUAAUGAUCAUAAUAUUAAUAGUAAAGAGGCAAUUUUCGGAAUAACCCAUCGUGAUGAGAACGACACAGAUCGUAAUUCACUGGUCAGUGAAGAAUAUGAACUUGUCGACGUACCACUUGAUAAUAAUAGUAAUAAUACAACAAAAAGUGAACAGAGUAACCAAAAACAGAACGCUUUAACUGAUUUACUUGAUACCUGCCUUGGAUCAACUGGUUUAUUUUUAAAAGAUUUAUUUGUUGAAUUUAUGGAUUAUUUUAGUAAAACAUUAAUUGGUACUCAUGGACAAGAAUUAAUUCUAAGUGUUCUACCGUUCUUACAGCAUACAUCAUCUGUUGUAGAAUUAGUGAUGUUGUUGUGUUCACAAGAAUGGCAAACCUCUUUACAGAAAUAUGCAGGAUGGGCAUUUAUUGAACUCGUUAAUGAAGGACGUCUUCUAUCUCAUUCUAUACGUGAUCAUCUUUAUCGUGUAGCUGUAGAAGGUGAUGUAAUUUUAAAUCAAAUACAUAUGUCUAAUAUUCAACAGCAUACAAAAUUUGAGGAAAUCACUGCACAUACUAUGGCUAAUCUACGAGAAGAAGAAAAACUGCACAAAAAUAUAAUUGACUCAGCUCGUUUACGUGAUGCACAACUAUCAAAUUAUUUGAACAAUAAAGCUAAUCGGUUAGCUCAAUUUAUAAUGUUCAAUUGGAUGAGAUUGUCACCGACAUCAUCAUCAUUUACCGUCUCUCGAACUGUCCAUCCUCUCCUGAAGGAUUACUUCCGACUAGAUGGUUGGGAGGAUGAUAGUCGAAGACAUCGUAGACUUAUUCCUAAUCCACAUGGUACGAAUUAUUCCUCUUCUGCUUUUUACAAUGAUAAUGUGCGUCGUCGUUCUGUUUGUCAAAACCACUCUCAACAGUUGGCGGACCUCCUCAAAGAAGCUGGGAUACAACAUGCCCGUGAUUUUUCAACUAAUUCUGAAUCAGCGGAUAAGAAUUCAGUACAGUAUGAACUUUCUCAUGACAAUACAUUAAUGAAUUCAACGAUGAAUGAAUCAGUGGAUAGCUCGGAAACUACAAAUCCUGUUACUUUAACUUGGUUUCAAGAAGAUUCACUUUACCCUGGUCGCCUAUGCAUUGAUUUUAAAACUACGGCAUACCUAUCAGUCCCAUGUAUUCUAGUUUCCCUUGGAGUAACUGUACAUGGUACAUUAUCCAUUUCGAAGUAUGAAUUAUAUUUUGAACAUGAUACAGAUCAUCCUAACAAUAGAUCAAUUGAUCAACGUGUUUUGGCUUAUAUUGAACAUAUUUAUAGUAGAUGGUCAUUAUCCGAAAUACGUGCAAUUUUUAAUCGUUCUUUUCUUCAUCGUAAAGUUGCGCUUGAAAUAUUUGUAACUUCUAGAGGCUCUGUACUGUUUGCAUUUACAGAUAUGAACACUGUGAAAUUGGUUGUAAAUGCUUUACCUGAAGUAGGCAUAGGUACAAGAUAUGGUCUUCCUGUAUCUAGAGCAUCGACUUUAGCUAGUCCCAGUAAAAUAUUUCAGUUAUCCAAUAUGACACAACGUUGGCAACAUCGUGAAUUGUCAAAUUUUGAUUAUCUAAUGUAUUUAAACACUAUAGCUGGUCGUAGUUAUAAUGACUUGAAUCAGUAUCCAAUAUUUCCAUGGGUUAUAUCAAAUUAUACUACAAAAGAACUAGAUCUAUCUUCUCCAUCUAAUUAUCGUGAUUUAUCUAAACCAAUUGGUGCAAUUAAUCCUAAACGUAAAGCAUUUUUUGAUGAACGUUACGAAAACUGGGAAGAUGAAACUCAACCACCAUUUCAUUACGGUACACAUUAUAGUACAGCAGCAUUUGUAUUAAAUUAUUUACUGCGUGUUGAACCAUUCACUACUGUAUUUCUUAAUCUUCAGGGUGGAAAAUUCGACCACCCCGAUCGAAUAUUUUAUUCAGUUGCUAAAACAUGGGAAAAUUGUCAAAUUAAUACAUCUGAUGUGAAAGAAUUAAUCCCAGAAUUCUUCUACUUCCCUGAAAUGUUUGAAAAUUUAAAUGAUCUUGAUUUAGGCGUCACAGAUGAUGGUAUAAAUGUUGACACUGUGAUACUUCCACCAUGGGCAAAAUCACCUGAAGAAUUUGUCCGAAUCAACCGUGAGGCAUUAGAAUCUGAAUUAGUUUCAUGUCAAUUACAUAAUUGGAUUGAUCUUAUAUUUGGUUAUAAGCAACGUGGACCUGAAGCCGUUCAUGCUACUAAUGUAUUUCAUUAUUUAACCUAUGAUGGAACUGUCGAUUGGGAUAAGAUUACCGAUUCUCUUUUAAUCAAAGCCAUUCAAGAUCAAAUUCAAAGUUUUGGUCAAACACCAGGUCAAUUGUUGACUAAACCUCAUCCACGAAGAAAUUCAGCUCUACAUCAUAACCCUGAAAUAUUUAAUCUACUUAAUGAAGAGUUUUGUAUGAGUUUAAAAUUUCAGUCACAUUCCCCAGUUGUACAUUUAUUCAGUAAUACAUCAUCAAAAGUUCUACCGUUUCCUUCGGUGUUUGCUAUAACUGAAAAUAGAACUAUAGUAGUUUGUAAAUGGAAUAGUUUAGCUGCAGAUGCAGUAUAUCGAAAAGCUCGCAUCAACUCCGAAGUGUAUUCAACUGAUAUGAUAAUGAAUAAUCAAGAUCCACAAAUCCAACAUCCUAAAAUUUCAUCUAACAACACCAAUAAAAAUAAUGAAUCCUCUGUAUCGUUAACGCAUAGUUCCAAUGCUUCUUUUAUGCCCUCAUAUUCUGGUGUUACCAGUCAAUCUAUGUCAUCAUCACAUUUGAAAGAAAAUAUAUCAACAAAAUAUGGGCCAGAUCAAGUACAUGGUUUACCUUUAAAAUCAGAAGUAGUUUUGCCACUGGGUCGUUGUUUAGGACAUGAUUUGAUGAGAAUAUACGAAUCACCAGCAACCAAUUUGUUAUCAUUUCGUAUUUAUGGAUCAAAUAAUGGUCGUUUUAUUCAAGCCGUAUUUGGGCAUAGUGAUAUUGUUACAUGCUUAGCACGUUCAGAGUGUCAUCUCAGUCAGUAUCAUUAUUUAGCUUCUGGUAGUCGAGAUUGUACCGUGAUGUUGUGGAUGUUUAGUGUACAACGUUCAUGCGUUAUCAAUAGUCAAGGUUUACCAAAACCAUUAUUUAUUCUAAAUGGUCAUGAAACAAGUAUUAAUUGUAUCAGUUUGUCAGCUGAAUUAGGAUUAGUUUUAAGUGGAUCAAUGAAUGGAACUUGUUUAUUACAUUCAACUCGUGGUGAACUAUUGCGUUGCUUACCUUCACCAUGUACAACAAUAUUAAAUCAUCAACCUUCAACAUCAUCAUCGACAGCAAUAGUAUACAAUGAUGUUACAGCACCAAUUCAGCCUAAUCUACUCACUUAUCAUCGUGAAGGUUAUCUACUUGGUCUGUUUAAUCUAUCACAAUUAUCAAUUUAUACUUUAAAUGGGAAAUUAUUGCGUACUACUGAUUUGAGCAUUCUUUCAAAUAACACAAGUUGUUUAUAUCAAAUUAAUGCUGUGUUAUUUAGUAAUUGUGGUCGUUACAUUCUUAUAGCCGGUAAUGAUGGUGUUAUAUGGAUUUUAAGAAGUUAUAAUUUAUUACCAAUUCAUGCAUUUCCUAAAUGUGAUACAUCUAUUGAAUCGUUGUGCCUAAGUUAUGAUCAACGAUUUAUUUUCGCUGGUCUGAAAUCUGGUUGUCUGAUUGUGUUCUACGUUGACUUCAACCAGUGGCAUCACGAAUUUCAACAACGUUACUUUUAA